AUGCUGCUCCUGCCUCUCUUAGUGUCUUUUCCUUUACUGUUUAACUUGAUGUUUGCCAUGCAAAACAGCGCUCUCUAUCGAUAUCCAACAGGCCGUGCUUCGUUUGGUAAAUUCAAGUGCGACCCUUUCUAUUUCUUAUGGGAAGAGAAACUUACAUCGUCCAUGGUGGAAGAUAAGUUGGACUGCACUUUCCUUUGUGUCGGUGAACCAAAGUGCUAUUCGUUCAACAUAGCAGUGUAUCCUGACUCCAAAGGUCUUUAUCUGUGUGAGUUAUUGGCCACAGACAAGUACAGAGAGGCUGAAAAGGUUCAUGCAAAUGCUACCUUCCAUCACUGCAGUCCGUCGGUAAGAUCUGUUCAUAUAUUUGGUGCUUAACACUUUUCGUAUUUCUUAAAAUAGAAACUGGAUGAUUCAAGGAAUGUUCACUUUGUUUCUAGUCUCCAUGUGAAAGCGCUCCUUGUAAGAACGGAGGUGUCUGUGUUCCUGAAUAUGAAAGGAACUCCUAUCAUUGUGAAUGUAAGCCUGUAUUUUGCGGAACUCACUGCAAACGCUACAAAUGUGGAGGUAUUGAAUUUAGUCUUUUACUGUUGCAUGUGGUAGAACUGGAAGAGUCACAUACUGUCAUAAACCACAAUUCUUGUAUGUAUAUGGUUUACCUCUUUUCAACUUUUGGCUAUGAAUUCAAUUUAAAUCGGUCUAUUGUACUUCUUUUCCCCAAUAAACAUUCCCCAAGUAUAUUUCCCGUAAAGAGAAAAUAAAUUUCGUGUACAUGUCAGGCACUUUAUAUUAAGAUAAAUGAAAUCUUUUACUUCUAAAUUUCUUAUGUUCUUUGUUGCUUUGUUAUUUGUUUUUCAGGGAAUCGAACUUGCAGUGACAUCAAAUACUGCAAUCCUGAGGCUAAAAAUGGCUCUUAUGUCAUCGACCCUGAUGGAGAGGGCGGAGUGAAACCAUUUAAAGUCUUCUGUGACAUGACUGACAAGGACGGGAUAGGAGUGACAGUUGUCAGUCACGACAGUGAAAACAGAACACUGGUGGCUGGGUUUGAAGCCCCUGGUAGCUAUUGGCGUAAUGUUACUUAUGAUGAAACCAGUCUAAUUCAGCUAACAAGCUUAACAGCUUCAUCUGCUCACUGUGAGCAGUUUAUCAAAUACGAAUGCUAUCAUUCAGUGAUCUUAAGCAAUGAUGACAUGUACGGCUGGUGGGUAUCACGUGAUGACGAGAAGAUGAAGUACUGGGGUGGAGUCAACUCUGUUCCCUUUAAAUGUGCAUGCGGUUUGACUGACACGUGCGCGGACAGCAGUUACGGCUGCAACUGCGAUAAGAACGAUUUGAAUUGGCGAGAGGACAGCGGUUUACUAACAGACAAGUCCAAGCUUCCCGUGAUUCAAAUGAGAUUUGGAGAUACCGGUGAUAUUGUGCUUUACAAUGAAUCAGGAUAUCACACGCUUGGACCACUGGAGUGUUAUGGACUCAUCUAGAACUCAUGAAGACUGUUGAUUAACCAUUUAAAAGAUAACUUGAACAGUGUACUCUCUCCGUCAGACCUCAAUUAUAGUUAUAAUUAUUAGUUAUAUUUACAUGUAAUAUUUUCAGAAUCUCAGCAGUGUUGUGUAGUUUUCCAUGGUUUCUUUUUAAAUAGCGCACGUGGUAGACUUUUUCAAAAAGGCAGCCAAUAUUGUUAAGAUCAAACUUGAAUCGCUUAAAGAAACAUCUUCCUUUUCGAAUAGUCACCAGGCAUCAGAGUUUACGGCUAUUACAUAAGGCGAAAAGUAGCUCUAAUUUGAUUCUCUUCCUACAUCAGAACUGAAAUCAUGUAAAGCAGC